GUCCUACUGUUGGCUGAAGCCGAGCCUCGGGGGUCCAGGACGCCCGCCUGCACAUGCGCAGGAGGCUCAAUGACAGUCCAGCGUUGGCUAAGGCUCCGGGGACAGAGACUGGCCAUGCUGCAUGUGACCCGGGGGGUCUGCGGAUCCCGGGUCCGAGGAUGGCUCAUUUUGCCUGGGGUCCCCGGGCCCGCCCGGGCCCUGUCCUCGCUGGCGGCCAAGAUGGGAGAGUACCGCAAGAUGUGGAACCCCACGGAGCCCCGCGACUGGGCGCAGCAGUACCGCGAACGCUUCAUCCCAUUCUCCAGGGAGCAGCUGCUCCGCCUCCUGAUACAGGAAUUCCACUCCAGUCCUGUGGAGAAGGCAGCUUUGGAGGAGUUCUCGGCCCACGUGGACUUCUGCACCUUGUUCCACUACCAUCACAUCCUGACCCGGCUGCAGGCCUUAUAUGACCCCAUCAACCCCGACAGGGAGACCCUUGACCAGCCCUCACUCACGGACCCGCAGCGUCUGUCCAAUGAGCAGGAGGUGCUUCUGGCGCUGGAGCCCCUCCUGGCCCAGGCCAACUUCUCCCCACUCUCCGAGGACGCCCUGGCCUACGCGUUGGUGGUCCACCACCCUCAGGAUGAGGUCCAGGUGACAAUAAAUUUGGAUCAGUAUAUCUACAUGCAGUUCUGGGCCCUGGGCCAGAGAGUCGGACAGAUGCCUCGUAAGUCCAGCGUGGGCUCCAAGCGUCGCUUCUUUCUCAAGUCGUCCCCUGCGGAGAGGAGAUACUUUAAGCGGGUGGUGCUAGCCGCCCGCACGAAGAAGGGGCACCUGGUGCUGAAGAGCUUCAAGGACACUCCCCUGGAGGGCCUGGAGCAGCUGCUGCCCGAGCUGAAGGUGCGCACGCCCACCCUGCAGCGCGCCCUGCUCAAUCUCACGCUUGUGGUCUCGGGCGUGGCGGUGUUCGUCAACGUGGGCAUGGUGGUGCUCACGGACCUCAAGGUGGGCACGUCCCUGCUGCUGCUGUUCUUCGCUGCCUUCAUGGGCCUGCGGGCCUCCAAGAUGUUCGGACAGCAGCGCAGCGUGCAGGCGCUGGAGCUGGCGCACAUGCUCUACUACCGCAGCACGUCCAACAACUCAGAGCUGCUCAGCGCCCUGGCCCUGCGUGCGCAGGACGAGCACGCCAAGGAAGCUCUACUGGCGCACAGCUUCCUGACCCGGCGGCCAGGGGGCGCUGGCGGCCCGCCGGAAGAGACCUCCCAGUGGCUCCAGUCGGAGGUGGAGAAUUGGCUCCUGGCCCAGUCAGGCUGUGAGGUGACCUUCAACGGUACUCGGGCUCUGGGCCACCUGCAAGCCCUAACUCCCAGCAUCGGGACGUGCCCGCCCCCGGGUUUCACGAAACUAGACUCGUUGUCUACAACCACUUCCCCCAAGGCCGUGCCCAGCAGUGACAACCCCUGACAGAAACCGCUUUCUGCCCAGCCCCGCCCAGCCACCUGGUUAGAAACUAAGCCCCUCUCCUCCAUGACCAGCUGUCAAUCACAACUACUGUGCUUUGCAGCUCCCCAAUUUCCAAUGACAGGCAUGUUGCACUUUAUUCCUAAAGCCCCCAAUCAAGACAUCCUACGUUUGCUAGCCCUACCCUCUCUGGUGAGCAGCCCGUCAAAGAUUUUUGGUUCUGCUGCUAUUUCAUCUCUUGAGUCCCCCCUGCGCUGGUUCGGCUGAGGAGGGAGUGUCAGCCAAUCACAGCUGUUGGACACUACCAGCCACCUGGCACAGUUGUUAGGCUGUGCCCUCCUGAGGCCAUAUAUCAUUGUCUUUUUAGCCUGCUCUGGGCAAACUGCCCGUCAUGUUCACCAAGGCAGAGCCCCAGCCCACACAGCCAAUGAGAGCCAAACUGCCAACGACAGCCUCUGGGCACUCUCUACUUUGGGCAGCCAGUUGUUGCUGCAGAAGAGCAACCAAUCAGAAUUCCUAAAGGAAACCUGAUCUAUUCAUUGCCACUAUUUAUAAGGCAGGCCAUCUGGUCAACCGCUGAUCUGCUUGUCCAGGCUGAAGGAGUUGGGAGCCUUGUGCCAGCAGGAACGGGAGGCCAGGACGAAUCAUCCUCACCCCAAGACGCACUUCCGUUCGGGCCCAG